GCCCCCGCGCUGUAUCGUCUCCAUGGCAACCCCGCCAGAAAAGACGGACACGGGCAGCAGCUAAUCGCAUUGUGGCUGCCGGAUUCCCAUUGGUUGCAUCGCCGCGUAGAGGCGGGGCGCGCGGGCGAUUGACGUACGCUCCAACCAAUGAGCUUCGUGGGCGCUGCAUCAACGACCAGUCGGAGCGCGGCGUGGGCGGGGCGGGCGCGGCGCGCGGCGCGCCGGAAGCGGCCGGGCCGGGAAAAUGGCGCCGAGCUCGAAAGCGGAGCGGGGCGGCCCCGGGGGGAAACGCGGGACGGCGGGGCCGGCAGCGGCCGGGACCGCGCCCCGGGGCCGCCGCGAGCACCUCGUCCGGCAGCUGGACCGCGUCCGGCUCAGCGGGCAGCUCUCGCCCCGGCUGUUCCGGAAACUUCCGCCGCGCGUCUGCGUCGCCCUCAAGAGCAUCGUGGACGUGGAGUUCCUGUGGGCAGGGCACAUCUUCCUGGGCUUCUCCAAGUGCGGCCGCUACGUCCUGUCCUACACCAGCAGCUCCGGGGACGACUUCUCCUUCUACCUGUACCACCUGUACUGGUGGGAGUUCAACGUGCACAGCAAGCUGCGCCUGGUGCGCCAGGUGCGGCUGUUCCAGGGCGAGGAGAUCUACAGCGACCUGUACCUGACGGUGUGCGAGUGGCCCGGGGACAGCGACAUGGUCAUCGUCUUCGGCUUCAACACGCGCUCGGCGCCGGGGCUGCAGGUGAGCGCGAUGCUGAUGAGCGACGAGAACCACCGCGACAUCUAUGUCAGCGCCGUGGCCGUGCCCCCAACGCGGCACUGCCCGGCCUGCCGGCGGGGGGCAGAGACCCCCGGCGAAGCCCCCCGGGCCUGCCUGCGGCACGGGUUCCUGCUGCACACCAAGUUCCAGGUGGUGUACCCCUUCCCCACCUUCCAGCCCGCCUUCCAGCUGCGCAAGGACCACGUCGUGCUGCUCAACACCAGCUUCUCCCUGGUGGCCUGCGCCAUCGCCGUGCACCCCGCCGGUGACAGCAGCCCCCAGCAGAUCCUCUACCGGCGCCGGAACCUCCUGGGCCCCGGCCGGAGGGGGGAGAACGCCCCCCCAGAGCCCCCCGAGCAGCUGGAGGGGUCUGGGGGCGCCCCCCCGGCCGCACAGCCCCCCCCGGGCCCCCCCCAGCCCCCCGAGCUGCCCCCCGGCCCCCCGUCCCUGGCGGUGGCCAAAGCCAAGGAGUUCGUGGCCGACCUGUUCCGGAGGGCUCAGGGCGCGGGGGGCGGGCCCGGAGGGGGGCACGGGGAGGGGGGCGACGACCCCCCGCCCUCCCCCCGCGGGGCGCCCCCCGAGACCCCCCCCAGGACGCCCGGGAGCCCCCCGGGGGACCCCUCCCCACCCGGGACCCCCCCCGAGCCCGGCUACGUCAACUACACCAAACUGCGCUACGUGCUGGAGCCUGGGGAGCCCCCCGAGGAGCUGGAGGACGACAAGAUCUCGCUGCCCUUCGUGGUGACCGACCUGACCGGGCGCAGCCUGAGGCCGCUGCGGGAGCGAGCCACGGCCCAGGGGCAGUUCCUGACGGUGGAGCAGCUGACGUUGGACUUCGAGUACGUCAUCAACGAGGUGAUCCGCAAGGACGCGGCCUGGGCACGGCAGUUCUGCUCCUUCAGCGACUACGACAUCGUCAUCCUCGAGGUGUGCCCCGAGACCAGCCAGGUGGUGAUCAACAUCGGGCUGUUGCUGCUGGCCUUCCCCUCCCCCGACGGGCAGGGGCAGCUCCGCCCCAGGACGUACCACACGAGCCUGAAGGUGGCCUGGGACCUCAACAGCGGCGCCUUCACCACCGUGGGGGUGGGCGACCUCAGCGAGGUCAGGGGGCAGACCAGCGGCAGCGUGUGGAGCUCGUACCGUAAGGGCUGCGUGGACACGGUGAUGCGGUGGCUCGUGCCCGAGGCGCCCGGGCGCGGCGUGCACAGGAUGACCAACGAGGCCCUGCACAAGGGCUGUUCCCUGAAGGUUCUGGCGGACAACGAGCGCUACACCUGGAUCGUGCUGUGACACCUGGGGACACCUGGGGACACACCUGGAUCCUGCUGUGACACCUGGGGACACCUGGGGACACCUGGGAACACACCUGGACCCUGCUGUGACACCUGGGGACACCUGGGGACACACCUGGAUCCUGCUGUGACACCUGGGGACACACCUGGACCCUGCUGUGACACCUGGGGACACCCAGGACAUCACCUGGGACACCUGGAUCCUGCUGUGACACCUCGGAACACCCCUGGGGACACCUGGGGACACCCAGGACAUCACCUGGGACACACCUGGGGACACACCUGGACCCUGCUGUGACACCUGGGGACAUCUGGAUCCUUCUGUCACACCUGGAUCCUUCUCCAUAUGGACACAGGCCCAGCCCUGCUCCCUCUGGGGCCUUUUGUUUUCUUUUUUCCCUUUUUUUUUUUCAUUUUUCCCUUUUUUGCAAUGUUUUCCCCUCUCAUUUUGCCGUUCAGUGUUUUAUCGCGGGGUGGGGGGAGGAUCUCAGAUCCCCCUCCCCAAAAUAAAAACUCCCGUUUCCA